CACACACAUCCUUAUAACCUAAAUAAAUACUCCCAUCCACACCAAAAAAGAUUAGAAUCGCCCCACUUCCUCUUCCUCUUCCUCUUCCUCAUGGAGACAUUAAAUCUGGUAUAUCUCCCACUCAUAUACGCCCUCUACAUUUUGACAAAACACUUAUUCCACAAGCUCCAAAAGCUUCCCCCCACCCCCCUCCUCUCCCUCCCCCUCCUCGGCCACCUCCCCCUCCUCAAAAAGCCCCUCUACCGCUCCCUGGCCCGCAUCUCCGCCUCCUACGGCCCGGUCGUCCUCCUCCAGUUCGGCUCCCGCCGCGUCCUCGUCGUCUCCUCCCCCUCCGCCGCCGAGGACUGCCUCUCCAAGAACGACGUCGUCUUCGCCAACCGCCCCCGCCUCCUGGCCGGCAAACACAUCGGCUACAACUACACCUCCCUCGCCUGGACCUCCUACGGCGACCACUGGCGAAACCUGCGCAAGGUUUCAUCCAUUGAAGUUCUGUCAGCUCACAGGCUGCAGCUGCUGCACGGAAUUAGGGCUGAUGAGGUUCGGACCAUGGUUCGGGCCCUGGGGCGGGCCGCGGCGGAGCGGAGGCCCGUCGACAUGAAGGCCACCUUCUUCGAGCUCACCAUGAACGUCAUGAUGCGGAUGAUCGCCGGGAAGAGGUACUACGGCGAGAACGUGGACGACGUGGAGGAGGCGCGCCGCUUCAGGGAGAUCGUCAGGGAGACGCUGCGCCUCGCCACGUCGCACGUGGGGGACUUCGUGCCGCUGCUGCGGUGGCUGCGGGUGGGCCGCGUGGAGGAGGGGAUGGUGGAGCUGCAGCGGAAGAGGAAUGUGUUUAUGCAGGAGCUCGUGGAGGAGCGGAAGAGGAGCUUCAGGAGUUACGGCGCCGCCGCCGAGGAGGAAGGGAGGAUGAAGACGAUGAUUGAAAUGCUGCUCGCAUUGCAGGAGAAGGAGCCUGACUAUUACACUGAUGCUGUCAUUAGAAGCUUAAUGCUGGUGAUGCUAAUCGCCGGCACCGACACAUCCGCCGGAACGAUGGAAUGGGCUCUGUCUCUCCUCCUCAACAACCCCCACGCCCUCCGCAGGGCCCAAGCCGAGAUCGACGACCGCGUGGGCCACGGCCGCCUCCUCGACGAGGCCGACAUCGCGGAGCUCCCGUACCUCCGGUGCGUCAUCAACGAGACGCUGCGCAUGUUCCCCGCCGGCCCGCUGCUGAUCCCGCACGAGUCCUCGGACGAGUGCGUGGUCGGGGGCUACCGCGUUCCCGCCGGCACGAUGCUGCUGGUGAACGCGUGGGCCAUGCACAACGACCCCAAGAACUGGGACGAGCCCCGCGAGUUCAGGCCGGAGCGGUUCGAGAAGCUCGACGGCUACCGCGACGGGUUCAGGCUCAUGCCGUUUGGCGCCGGAAGGCGCGGCUGCCCCGGGGAGCCCCUGGCCGUGCGCAUGGUGGGGUUGGGGCUGGGGACGCUUAUUCAGUGCUUCGAUUGGGAGAGGCUCGGUAAGGAGCUGGUUGAUAUGAGUGAGGGCGCGGGGUUGUCGAUGCCCAGGGCCACGCCGUUGAUGGCGUAUUGCAGAGCCCGGCCUGCUGCGGCCGGCCUUCUCGCUACUAUCUAAAUACUGCACACUCAAUCAUUACUCCUAAUUAUGUGCAAUAGUCUGCGAGUCACACAAGAAUGAUAAUAUAUAUCACCGGUAGAAAUAUGGAUACUCUUUCUCCACUUGCGAGAUUAGAGAAUCCAAGUAGUAUAUUAGUGAAGAGUGGCUAUAUAUAUAUAUAUAUACAUACACAUUCGUGUUCAUUACUAUAUUUUUGUGUUUUUUUACUUGAGCUAGCAUUUAUUUCUAGUGAUUUUGUUCAAAUCAUUGGUGUACUCACUCUAGUCUUCUAUUUAAAAUAAUUAUAAAUUUAUUAUUUAUUCUAUA